AUGAGUUCACAUUACCUUGAAAAGUCUCCUGGGAGAAGUCAAGCUGCAAUAACUUCUCUACCUCCAAGGGAUUUUCUUUGAUUAUUUGGGGCUUAUCCAAAAAUCCCUACUGAUUCCCAAGGAGUAGGGGACGCUUUUGCGUGAUAGAAUGGAUGAACAAUCACAAGGUGUGCAGGGGCCUACUGCUCCACCAUUUCAGCCACAGAAAGCCUUGCGACCCGACAUGGGCUAUAAUACUCUUGCCAAUUUCCGAAUAGAGAAGAAGAUUGGCCGUGGACAGUUCAGUGAAGUUUACAGAGCAGCCUGCCUGUUGGAUGGGGUACCAGUGGCACUCAAGAAAGUUCAGAUAUUUGAUUUAAUGGAUGCCAAAGCCCGUGCUGACUGCAUCAAAGAAAUAGAUCUUCUUAAGCAACUGAAUCAUCCAAAUGUAAUUAAAUAUUAUGCUUCAUUCAUCGAAGACAAUGAACUGAACAUAGUGCUGGAAUUAGCUGAUGCUGGAGAUCUUUCUAGAAUGAUAAAGCAUUUUAAGAAGCAGAAGAGGUUGAUUCCUGAAAGAACAGUUUGGAAGUACUUUGUUCAGCUUUGCAGUGCCUUGGAACAUAUGCAUUCUCGUCGUGUUAUGCACAGAGAUAUAAAGCCAGCUAAUGUGUUCAUUACAGCUACAGGGGUAGUGAAACUUGGAGACCUGGGACUUGGUCGAUUUUUCAGCUCUAAAACCACAGCUGCACAUUCUUUAG